GCCCAGCGAAUCAAACCCUGUUUGUACCGCUUUCUCAACGAACAAAAGGUCCGGAGGAGUAAUUAAGACGACGAUACCUCUCUUGUCACGGUUGCCGCGAAUUCUGUACUUAUCUAACAAUCUCAGUUUCCCUUCGAAUAUAAUACAAUAAACCCCCUAACCACGACACAUUUGAUCCUCCACACCUUCAUACGUAGCUCGGACCGAUUCUUCGUUUGCUCAAUUAACUUCGCAAAUUGGUGAACUGGGUUCUUAGGUUUUGGUUCGGAGCGUGUAAUCUGGGGUGGGUUUUGCGAAAUGUUGCAGAAAUCUGGAGAAUUUCGUUCGCAAAAGCUGAGAUUGCUGAGAAAGCGGCCGUCUUGAAUGUGCAUUUUGUGUUAAGAUACACGUGAGGGCAAAAACUUGGUAUGGCCGUGGCAAGCAAAACCAGAAAUAUGCUCGAGAAUUUUGUAAGAGAAGGAUCCUUCAAAUGGUUGCUUGGAAAUCGAAGCCAUUAUGAUGAAGAAUUGGAGGAGAUGGAAAGAUCUCCUUCGGCCCGGACAAAUUGGGUACCAGAGCUAUCUCCAAUUGCAAACAUAGUAGUCCGAAGAUGUUCAAAAAUCCUUGGUGUUCCUACAACUGAGCUUCGUGAAGGCUUCAAUUCUGAGGCUUCUGAAUCUAUAAAGCAUCCGUCGUGUUAUGCAAGGAACUUUUUGGAAUACUGCUGUUUUCGAGCACUUGCUCUGUCCACUCAAGUAACAGGUCAUCUGGGUGAUAAAAAGUUUCGACGCCUGACAUAUGACAUGAUGAUAGCUUGGGAGGCUCCAGCUGCUGCUAGCCAACCCUUACUAAAUUUAGAUGAGGAUUUAUCCGUUGGGGUAGAGGCUUUCUCUAGAAUAGCUCCAGCAGUUCCUAUUAUUGCAAAUGUGAUUACCAGUGAAAAUAUUUUUAAGGUGCUUGCAUCAUCAAGCGAUAGGAGACUUCAGUUCUUCACAUACGACAAGUACCUAAGUGGACUAGAAAGAGCAAUAAGAAAAAUGAGGAGCCAAUCAGAGUCGUCACUUCUUUCUGCCAUGCGAUCAUCAAAAAGAGAGAAGAUUCUGGAAGUGGAUGGAACAGUCACUACCCAGCCAGUUCUUGAGCAUGUAGGAAUUUCUACAUGGCCUGGAAGGUUAAUUCUGACAGACCAUGCACUUUACUUCGAGGCCCUGCGUGUUGUAUCUUAUGACAAGGCGAAACAAUAUGAUCUAUCAGAUGACUUAAAACAGGUUGUGAAACCCGAGUUGACUGGCCCCUGGGGUACUAGACUGUUUGACAAGGCAGUCUUUUAUAAAUCAGUUUCGUUAUCAGAACCAGCUAUAAUAGAGUUCCCAGAGCUGAAGGGGCAUACACGUCGCGAUUACUGGCUAGCAAUCAUACGGGAGAUUUUAUAUGUUCAUCGAUUUAUAAAUAAAUACCAGAUCAAGGGGAUUAAAAAGGAUGAAGCACUUUCAAAGGCGGUGCUUGGAAUUCUGCGACUACAAGCAAUUAAAGAAAUUAGCUCUCAAACUGAUUUACGCUACGAGGGUCUUUUAAUGUUCAAUCUUUGUGAUCAAUUACCAGGUGGAGACUUGAUACUUGAAACCAUGGCAGAUAUGUCAACUUUUAAGGAAUUCGAUAGGUCUAGCAAAUCUAAGCCCGGAGGUGGAAUGUAUUCGAUCUCAGCCUUGGACAUGAUUUCUAACCUGGGAUUUUCAUUUGGAACAAGUUCUAGUAGUCCUGUUGAGGCUGGGCUUGCCGUGGGUGAGAUAACUGUGGGAGAAGUUACUUUGCUUGAAAAAGCAGUUAAGGAAUCUAAAAACAACUAUGAAAAAGUGGCGCUAGCGCAAGCAACAGUAGAUGGAGUCAAAGUGGAAGGAAUCGAUACAAAUUUUGCGGUAAUGAAGGAGUUACUCUUUCCAAUGAUGGAACUAUGGACGUGCCUUCUUUCUUUGGCAUUGUGGGAGGAUCCGUUGAAGUCUUUGCUUUUCUGUUGUGUUUUCACUUACAUCAUUUGCAGGGGAUGGCUGAGCUAUGCCUUUGCACUGACGCUCAUCUUUAUUGCGGUCUUCAUGGUCCUCACUCGAUAUUUUAGCGAAGGAAAGUCCACUCACGAGGUUAAGGUGUUAGCCCCUCCAGCGAUGAAUACGAUGGAGCAGCUUUUGGCUGUUCAGAACGCAAUAUCUCAAGCUGAAGGGAUCAUCCAGGAUGGGAACGUUGUUCUUCUCAAGCUACGUGCCUUGUUGCUGUCCCUUUUUCCUCAGGCGAGUGAAAGAUUUGCGAUAGCCCUUGUAGUUAUGGCUUCGGCUCUGGCAUUUCUGCCCGUUAAAUAUAUUGUUCUAUAUAUCUUUUUGGAGACGUUUACAUGUUAUUCGCCGGUGAGGAGAUCUAGCACAGAGAGAUGGACGAGAAGAUUGCGAGAGUGGUGGUUCAGCAUACCCGCAGCGCCCGUUAUUCUUGAAAGAGAAAAAGAAGAGAAGAAGAAGAAAUGAUGUUGUAACUAUUUGUGAAAUGUGUUAGUUUGUUCAGGUAAAGUUAGUGUGAGUGUGUAAAUCUUAACAAGGAAGUCGAAUGAACUCCUAAAUCAGUAUGAAAUUUAAGAAAAAAAAGGAAGAAUAUAAAUACAAAGGUUUGUUUGUCCA